GGAGCGCGGCCGGCUGGGUGUGUGGCUCACCUGUCUCCAGCGCACAGGGCCGCUCGCCCCCCACUGCCCAGCCAUGAGCAAGUUGGGCAAGUUAUUUCGAGGGACCCGCUCCUCUCGGGCUCGCGCGGCUCCCAGCCCCCAGGAGGCUCUGGCCCGCCUCAGGGAGACCGAGGAGAUGCUGGCCAAGAAGCAGGAGUACCUGGAGAGCCGAAUCCAGAGGGAGCUCGCCCUAGCCAAGAAGCACGGCUCCCAGAACAAACGAGCUGCCUUGCAGGCGUUGAAAAGGAAGAAGAGGUUUGAGAAGCAGCUCUCGCAGGUUGAUGGCACCCUGUCCACCAUUGAGUUCCAGCGGGAAGCGCUAGAGAACUCGCACACCAACACUGAGGUCUUACGGAACAUGGGCUUUGCAGCCAAGGCAAUGAAAGCUGUUCAUGAAAACAUGGAUCUGAACAAAAUUGAUGACUUGAUGCAGGAUAUCACCGAGCAGCAGGACAUUGCCCAGGAAAUCUCAGAAGCGUUUUCUCAAAGGGUUCAGUUUGCCGAUGGCUUUGAUGAGGAUGAGCUACUGGCAGAACUUGAGGAACUGGAGCAGGAAGAAUUAAAUAAGAAGAUGACAAAGAUGCAGCUUCCGAAUGUGCCGGCCUCUUCCCUCCCCUCACAGCCCAGUAGGAAGCCCAGCAUGCCCUCCAGUGCACACCGAUCUCGAACAGCGUCGUCCAGGAGGACAGAGGACGAUGACGACUUCCAGCAGCUGGCAGCUUGGGCUACUUAAGCUAAAAUGGGAACCUCUGACACCUAAAUUAUUGAACUACACAUAAGACAUAAAUGCUUUUGCAAAGCUUAGAAGAUAGCAGUUACCUGUUUUAUGAAUUGCUGUCUUUUACAAAGCAGUUAAGUCAUGUGUAGACACGUCAGGCAUGGAAAGGGGCUGGUAGCAUCAUAGAAGACCCUUCCAGACUGAUGGAGUGGGGGCUAUCUGCUUUAUUCUCUACUGUAUUUUAGUUCUGGUACAAAUUGAUUCUUUGUGUAUAUGUAUUGAAAGAAAACUGAUUCUAUUGAUUUAAUACAUAUUCCAGCUUGUAAGUCAUCCUCGAGCGAUACCUAGGGUAACUGGGGGCGAUGUCUAUGCAAAUACAAGGCUGCUGUGGUCCAGGUCACCCACAGUAAAUGUAAAUACAGUUCUAGAACGGGUCUGAAGAGAAGUCCUUAGUGAGUCUAUAUAUACAGUUUCAAUUGAGUCUCAGGGUUGGAAAUCUUCGCGGAGCUUGAAUUGACAUUUAUUAUGCAGGUUGAGCUUUGAGUGGGGGCGAUGCGUCGCCCCAAAUGUCUGACUGCACAAGCAGUUUAGCCUGCUCACCAGGGCUCUCCGGGGUGGGAUUCAGCCACUUAGAAAGCCAAGUGAACACAGGCCGCCAUGCUGCUGCUGGGAUGCCCAUUGCUUCCUGUUGUGUGUUCUCCUGUGCACUAGCAAAACGAAACAAUGCUUCACAGCAUGCGCCUUAUAAAAAUACUAAAAUACUGGCAAUUAAAAAUAUAUCUGGAGUAAAAUUUUGCUCAUAAUUAUGGUUAAAUGAAGAUAAAUUAUAAACUUAGGUAUCUCGCAUGCCAUAUCAGACGGUAAAAUGACAAGCACCACCAUGCGAGGUUUUCUGAUGCCCUCUGCACUCCUUUGAGCAACGCUGUGGCACGGAGGAGCACGGAGGAGGAGCACCGCCGCGGCCGCAUCUCUGAGCCCUUGUUCCGGCUCAGUGGUCCCAUUCUGCAGCAGGUGUUUGGCACUUGUUCUUUCUCUUGGCAUUUUUCCUGCCCUGCCCAACACACACACCAAAUCUUCCUCAUUCUUUAAAUUCUGGCUAAAAUAUUCCAUCUUGGGAAACUUUAAAUUUUUUUUUCCAGACUAUAUGCUUGCUUUUAUAGCACUCAGCUUUCUGUGGUGGCAUUGUCCAUGCUCUCUCUCAACACUUAACCUGAGUGCAUCCCCCUGUUGGACUGUGGUAGGGUGAAGGACGAGACUGCUUUAAAUAGUGAAUUUUCAGGUCUCUUCACAAUCUCACAUAUACCCGAGGCAAGUCUUUCAGCAUUGACUCGGUGCCAGCAGCUGACAG